GAGACAGACCGAAGCCAGCAGAAGCAGCAGCAGGAACGAGAAUGCGGCAGAACCCAGCACAGCAGAACGGAACAGCGUGCCACAGAGGAACCUAAACUGGGAUGGGAAACGGAGCUGAACCUCUGCAGGAACUUUAGGCCUCAGUGAAUCUCAGAAGGAUCUCAAGUGCCCCAUAAAGGUUCAGAGAUGUCCCCAUCCUGAGUCCUGAACAGACCUCCUGGUGUCACUCGUUACUCGGCACAAAAAAAGGUUUCUCCCUUCCUCCCCCACCUCCCCCAGCUCCAUCAUGCCCAUCCUCAAAAACCUCCCAGUGCGUCUGAAAGGCGGCGGUCCAACUCUAGACAACGCACUAUUUAUCCGCAGGAUGAGUCUCAAUAUCACGCCCCGCCAUCAUAACCCCUUUGACAAUGACGAUGACAGUAUCCAUGGCAAUGGGGGCCAUGGCAACCACUGGUCACCCGGCAGCUCUCUCCUGGACGGUGAUGUGCCGAGGGACCGCAACCCAUUUGAGGAUGAGGAGGACGAGAAUGAGGCCAAUGAGGGUAAAAAAGGAAGUGGGGGAGGUUCGGUGAAGGGUUCGUUCAAGUUCAAGUCCCCACUGAAGAGCCUCGGAAAGCUGGGAAAGAACCUGAGACUGUCAGGAAGGAGUUCUACACUCUCCCCAGAAGGGUCACUCCAAGGAUCGCCCUCACCUUCACCUUCCCAGAAGAAGAAGAGGGGAAGGAGGAGUUCUGAAGGAAGUCUGCUCAGGUUUGCAGGAAAAUAUCGUGACACCCUCAGCUCCCGUAAGGAGUCAUCUGUCAACGGCGAGCUGAACUGUUCAGAAAGUGAGUGCGACUCAACCAGCCGCCGUGUGUCCUUCAUGAGGAUGGUGGGUCUGGGGAAGACGAAGAAGGAGUCCAUGACUGACCAAUCAUCCCAGGGCCCCGAGGAUCAGUCGAUGCUGGUGGAGGAGGUUAAACCCAGAGAGCCGCUCUCAGUCCUGGAGAUCCUGCAGCUGGUCAAAAAGCGAGACCUGCUCCUGGCUGACACCCACAUCCUGGAGCUGGAGCAGGAGUGCAAUGACCGCGCUGCCGCAACGCAGCUGGAGGACUCGACCAGCCCGAGCAUCAAAGAUGGCGGUCGAAGGAAGGCGAAGGAUGUGGAGCUGCUGUACGAGGAACUACAGAAGGAGCUCUGGGCUGUGGUCAGGGAGUCCCUGAAGUCCCCAACAGCCGGGCCCAACCUGGGUCUGGUGGUUCAGGUGCUCCAGCAGGAGGAGCAAGUUGACAAGGACUGGGCAGUCAGCGAGGGGGCGGCCCCCGGUGGCCCGAGGCCUCGCCGCCUGAAGCAGAGGUGGAAGGAGGCGGUGGAGGAGGCAGCUGACGACUCCCUGCCUCAGACGGCCGAAUUCACAGCUGGAGGGCUGGACAAAUACCUGGACCGGCUCCGAACCCUGGCAGUGGAGGACCUGGGGGCUGCCAAGAGGAACGUGGUGUCCAUCUAUCCUGAAGAGUACCAGCCCUUCCAGGUGUACGUACAGAGCUACCACCAGGCAGUUGCAAGGCGUCUGAAGGCCGUCACUGACAACCAGUUGGAGAUCACGGACAUCUACUCGCUGCUGGACUGGCUGUACAACAUAUACAACAGAGACGUUCUGGGGACUGUGUGCAUCACAAGUCCAUUCAACCACUCUGAGCUUAGUCCUCUGCUGCCUUCAGAGACCAUCGACAGACUGGAGUUAGACUGUCUCAACUCUGUCCGGGCUAAAGUGACCACAGAGCUGAGUCAGGUCCUGGAAGAGGAGGAGAAGAGAUGGAUGGAGACGCUGCACAUCGAGGAGUACCAGAUUACUCUGGCCAAGACCGUCAUAGAGAGGCUGCAGGUUGAUCUGGAGCGUUCUGCCUCCAUCAACAGGAGUUUGGGCUCCAGAGUGGCGCAGUGCAGCAUCAACGGGCUCGCUGACUUCCUGUACAGCUUCCAGCGGAAAGCUGAGAUGUUCCAUGAAGGGAUGCAGGCUGGCAUGUUCGGAGACAACCAGGAUGGAUACGUGUCCAGAACUAUCGCCCUGGUCAACUGCUGCCCCCCAUUCAGGGGCUUCGUGCAGCGGUGUGUUCAGUGUGACCCGUCAGUCAGUGAAGACUCUCUGCGGCGAGCCAACAAGUCUCUGGAUCACAUCGUCCAGCAGGGAGUCAGAGUGCUGUCUGACCGCCUCUACCUGCACAUCAGGCCAUUUUUCGAGCGUCUGGUGAAGAGGAAGUGGCUGACCAACGCGGAGCCGUACGAGCAGAUCGAGGCUCUGAUCAAAGAGGAAUUCAAGAAGUACAGCAGGAUGGACAGUCCUCCAUAUCAGCUGCUGGUGUCAGAGAUCCACCGGCGGGUGGUGACGGAGUACCUCCGCUCCGUCAUGAGGGGCAGAAUCAUCUGCACCUCGAUGAAGAUGAGGAAGAGGAUGGCCGGUCGGCUCGGAGACGAAGGCAGACAGAUCAAAGUCCUCUUCACAGACCUGGAGUCUUCGUCCGGCUGGCUCGACAGCGCUCUGUGUCACAUCUCAGAGAUCAUCCAGCUGGAGGACCUUCCCUCCAUCCAGAUGGAGGUCGGAGUCCUGGUCCGAGAGUUCCCAGACAUCAGGAAGAAGCACGUGUCAGCCAUUUUGAACAUCAGAGGGAUGACUCGGCAGGCGGAGCGUCAGGAGAUCCUCAACAUCGUCAAAGACAUCGAGACCAGUGACAGCGGCCCAGCGCCGCUCUCCCGGGACCGCGCCCUCUUCGCUGAGGUGCCGGUCACCUCCGAGGUUCACUGCCUGAACGUUGGCUUGAGCCGCAUCGCCCUCACCGCCUCUUCCUGCUUCACCACGCUGCGACCGCGCAGACGCAAAACCCGAGCGCCCGUCCAGGAAAACCCUGACGAUGUUCUCUGA